CGACAACAAAACAUUCCACGAGAUCGAGCUGUCCUCGAUCGAUCUCGAUCAGCGCCGAUCAGCGAGUUGCAAGAGGUGUGGUGCUUGUUUUCCAUCGGUCCUUUCUGUGCUUUUGAAAGAAUGGUUCAUAAAACAGAAGCUGAAUUUCCUCCAGGAAUCUCUGAGAGGUAAGAUAUGGCGGUUCUGUUGAAAUCAUUGAAAUAUUGAACAAACUUGUCCGUAAAUUUAAGCCCUCAGCUGCAAGCGCUGCACGCGAUCGAUGCGUUUACUUUUUUAUCCUGGAGGUUUUAAGUAUCAUUUUAGGUAAAGAUAACCCUAUCUUUUCUUUUGCAGACUAUCAGAACUGGAGGAAGAAUACAGGGAUGGUGAUAUAACCGAGAAGGUGGGUCGAUCAUGUGCUCUCGGUCAUUUAUGCACAACUUGCUCGAAUGAGUGACUGAACAGCCUCUGUGAACGCACUGGUGAAAAAUCUUUGAGAAACGGGACAGCAAAAUUGCGGUCUCUAGAAGAUCCAAAGAUUGUGCGAUCAAAGGUCCAAAUGGCCUUUCUCAUUAACCUUUGUUUAUUGUGUCGUAUAAUCGUGAUCGCAAUGUGAUUCACUGUGCUUGUACAUAAAACUUUCCCAAAUCUUGCUCAUAAUGAGCGAUCAACAUCUUAAUCCUCCUUAACAGUCUGUAAAACGUGUUCGUGACACCUUGAUGAACCAUUUAAUUCUCACAACUGUUUAAUAUUAAAUAUUGCCGGUUUACAGACCAUUGAUUUGAAUAGUUACAGAGUGUAGACAGUUCUUUUUUUCAUCAAUCUGUAGUUUAAAUUUUUUGGACCCACAUUUGCCCCCAUUAUCUGGGGAAAAAGACACCAUGGCAGCUAAAUCUUUUGCGCCAGUCAUUUUACCUAUUCGCACAUAGUGCAAGCAGAAAUACUAACACAAUGUUAUCAAUUGAGUGAUCAGCCUGCAAAAUUUCUUCCACUGAUAUUGUAAAUUCCUCCAAUAGGAUUACUCUUAAUCAGUUAAUGCAAUAUUGUGGUAGCUACUCUAGAUCACAUGACCUAACUACUGGUUGAGAACUUUACUACCCAUGAAAUUAUGGACAAAAUGGAAGGGCGAUAGAAGGGUGAUGAUCAAGUAUUCUUCCGUCAAACCUUCACUAAUGACCACCUCUCCACAUAAAAUUGACUCUCUAUGACAACAACCUCUCUACAAUGGCCACUUUCUUCUGUCUCCAAGGAGGUCAUUAUGGAGAGGUUUGGCUUUAUUGGUCAAUAAUUGACCAAUAUUAGUGUCGGCCACGUGUUGGUCAAUAUAUCGGUCAAGUGUUGGUCAAUGCAUCAACCUAAUGCAAAUCACUCUAGAGGAGUGUACUAUAUGGCAGUCAAUACCCCUUAUAAGACACAAGAUCUGAAAUUUAAAGGGUGUAAAUCUUGUUUUAUCAAAAUGUUUGUCAGUCAUUUAUAGAAUUAUUUGCUACUGUGAUGUGACCAUGUCUUUUUGACAAAAUUUAACAUCAUUAUCGAUCAACAUGACUCUAACAGACAGACAACUGGCAGACAAAAUCAUCAGAUAUCUUCUGCUUUCCGAAUGCGUCCUCCCUAAUAUGACAGUAAAAAGACGUGUCCACUUUAGAUGACUUAUUCUCCCAACAAUAGUCUUUCAAAGUGAACCAUAUUUUGAUAUGGUAACAGUAAAGAUUGCUUGCUAUUCCUUGACAGUGAUGCUUAAGCUGCACACGUUAAACAUCUUUCUCUCUUUCAUAAAUCCUCCUUAAAACAGGGCUAUGUGAGAAAAAAGUGCAAGUUGAUAAAAUCCAUUUUGGCAAAGACAGUGCAGGAAAGGUGAGUCGUAUUGAAAUAUUUAAAUCUAGUCAGUGGGAAACUUUAUGUCCCCAAGUUUUGCUGCUCUUUGUAAAAUGUUGUUUACCUCCGCUGCACAGUUACUUGGAAAUAGAUGGCAUGGUGCCUCAGAUAAGAAUAAAAUCGAUUGGCUUUUAAAUGGUAUUUCUAAUGCUGAUUUUCAAUUUAAAGUUAGGUUGUUUUCAGCUUGUCCAGUCCUUUAUUUCGCUAUCAAAUUGCUUCUGUUAGUUGCUGUGUGUGUUUUUUAUUUUUAUCUUUGUUUUUUUCUUUUUAUUCUUUCGCUUUUUUUAUGUUCGAGUGUGUGUUUGAUCAUGAUGUUCAUUUUUAUCUUUAAAAUAUUCAAUGUAAACAGCAUAAGCUCUCAAGAUGAACCCUUUAGGCUCUUAGAGCAAAUGGUGUAUUAAAUAUUGUUUAUAAAAAACAACAACAACAAUAACUCUAUUCCUCUUGACUCUGAAGUCAAACUAUUGCACAGUUUGUGGAAACAUCAGUCACUGCAUGCCAACAACAGGAUUCAGGACUACCCUCCCCAGACAAUCAUAUUCCACCUUACUUAUGAAAUGACUCCACAGUUCAAACUGUUCACUCCAAUAACAGCUAAACUUGGGCAAAGGAUUUUAUGCCUAGGGCUUGCUUUUUUUGUACUGAGAAGUGUAUUGCAUUGAAUUUUUAAAAUAUUUUACUUUACUUUUCCAUUAAUUCUAGAAUUGAAAAGAUAGAGGGUGAUUUCAAAGAUGGAAAAUCAACUGAAGUAAGUUGUUAACCUUAAAUCACGAGUGCAGGGUCUAAAGUACUGUUCACAUUCCUCUGGUCAAGAGUAGAAGUCACUGCUUUACUGAUAAAUUACUAAGCCAUAUAGUUUCCUCUUGAUUGGUCUAAAAAAUGAUUUUGUAAAGAGAUUAUGGCAAGGUAUCUUGGGUGAUGAAUUACUAAGCCAUACAGUUUCCUCUUGAUUGAUCUAAAAAAUGAUUUUGUAAAGAGAUUAGGGCAAGCAAUCUUGGGUGAUGAAUUACUAAGCCAUACAGUUUCCUCUCAUUAUCUAAAAUAAUGAUUUUGUAAAGAGGUUAGGGCAAGGAGACACCUUGGGUCCUGUUUAUUUAUCUGUAGCAUCUAUGGUGACCUGUACCCUGACUUGUGGAAAGUGACCUGUAUUUUUAACCCGCCAUAGUCUCACAAUCAUGAGACUGUGAUGGAAAGUUACCCUAAAUAGCACAAACAGUAUACAUUCAGUUUUAUAUUAGAGCAUAAAGGGUUUUAGGAGCCUGAACUAACCAUAUUAUAGCUUGGGGAAAAUCCAUUGCCCUCCUCCCUUGUAGCAAAGAAUGUGACAAUUCCAAACUUUUUUUGCCACAGGAGCAACUGAUAAAAGAUCUUAAGGAACUGCUGUCUGGUAUUGGUCACAGGGCUACCAAUGGCUGUGAUGUUAAACCAAAGUCUCCCGUGCAUAAUGAUGAUAUUCAGAAUGGUACAGCUGCAGCAGUUAAAGAAGAACCUAUGGAGACAGGAUAUGAGGAAUCUGAGGUUGAACAGGGGAAUGUUGGAAUCAACAGUGGUAAUGUAAGGUCAGGAUCAAGUCGCCAUGAAACCAUGGACUCAGACGGUUCAAUUGUUGAGACCAGUGCUGGUGAAUCAUCAUCUGCUGCCCAUCCUAUUCAAGAUGAUGUACAAGCAUCGUCUUCAAAGUCUACCGCAGAAGGUAAAAUACAUUGCUUGUGAAUUACCCCACUUCAUUGUUGCCUUCUUUUUACUUUCCUGUUUUAUAUGUGGUUUCUAGAAUCAACUUUGCUGACAAAAGAAGAAUCUCCUACAGCUACUUGUAAGGUAUGUGUAUGUGACUAUUGGGCAGAUACAAAUACUAAGGUCAAAAGUCAGGUUGGAGUACAGGUCACUGUGCUAAGCUAAAUAAACAACACUACAAGUGUCUCUUAGCCCUAAUCACAAUCCGAAAUAGAGUAUUUAGCUUUAGAGCGGUUUUCAUUUGAGUGUCGAAAAGUAAUUGGUUUUGCACUUUCUACACGAUGCGAUUGGCUUAAAAGAUUCGCGCCACCUUUUCAUCCAAUCAGAAGUAAAACCAAAGCCAAUUGUGACACCGCGCUUUGCGUCAGCCACAUGUAAUUACUUCGAGUUUUAAUUGGUUCAAUGUAUUGUCUGUGUCCUAUGUGAUUGGCCAGAGUAAUUACUUUGGUUUUGGUUUUACGACACUCAAACGAAAACCACUCUUAUAAGGGUAAACUGCAUAUCAAAUAGUCAACCUGCACUUGUGACCUUUGUUUUGUCCCCGCAAUGUGACCAUACCCAAGAGAUAUUGAUUCAAAAUGUGUAUUAAUAUGUUACAUGUAUAAAUUAUAUUAAUGUCAUGUGUUGUUAUAAUUUUCUGUUAUUUUUGGCACAAGUUGCUGUCUGAUUACAAACUGUUAAAUACAGUGUAGAUCGGAACUAUAGCUGUAAGCAAAACAAAUUAUACACAUAACACCUGUCUGGAAAUAUGCAUACAUAUGUCAGGCCAGACAUGUCCCUGAAUCUGAGCUGAGGCACAUACACAUCUGCUCCAAAAUGCCUCAGUGCAGAUUUAGACUCAUUAGUGUGUAUAAGCUAUUUCUUUGUGUAGGGGUGUAAUGUGUCAGUGAAAAGCUGACAAGCAUCAAACUGGCACAUGCCAAAAUUUUGCAUACAAUUGCAAUGCAAACCUGUAAAACUAUUGUUUGUCAUUGGAACUCUUUUUGGAAGUAUUCUAACAAAUACACUUAUAAGUUUUGACACUUAACGCACAUACAUUUAAAUAAUACUGGAGACAAACUUUUGAUUUUUUUACUACUCAUGCGUUACAUGCCGACAAACACAUAGUGAAUUGAGUGUCAACAAUGAAUUCCCUCAUGUAUCAUAUAUAGGUUUUAAAAAACUGCACAGGUUUUAAAUCUGCCAGUAGCUAUAAGAAUUGUGAUUAGUAAAAGUUUGUUGUUACUUUGUCAAAAUUAAAAGCUUGCUGUUGUACGUAUGGCUUUAACUGGCAAGGUAGGAUGCUGUGAGCUUUUCUGUUGUAUCCACAGGCUUCUCAGAAUGCAUCAAUACCAGAGCAAAAAAUGAUCUGUGGGCACAUGAGUUAUAUUUCUAAAACUGUGCACUUGUAGAAGUAUUAUUUUUGUGUUAAUUUUUUAUUGUUAAUUAUUUUUUAUUAUUUAUUUAGAAUAAACCUAAAUCAACAAAAGACUGUAAGAGGCAACCUGGAAUCAAAGAGAUGUUUGCAAAAGGGUGAGUUUGCUCUACAAACUUACUAAGCAUUAGACUGCUGCUAAAACAAUAAUUAAUUUAAAAAAGGACCGAAUGAGGACUUAAGGACCGAAUCUUCGAUGGAGUUACUUCCCUUAAGUUUCUUGAUGUUCCCAGAAACAUUUCUACCUUAGCUGCUGAAAAAAACCCUGACUUCAGAUAACAAAAUGUGUGAAAACUAUGAGGUAAGAUCCCCAUUGAAAAAAACUGGCUAUCCUGCUAAAAAUUUUAAUUAAGAGAUAAUAGUGCCUAAAAUCCCGGAUGAGUGCUAUGGUCGUCCUGCCUAAGAUCCUGGGUGGGUAAGUAUCAUUGCCUUUUUCCCGCCUAAGAUCCCGGGUUAGUAGUGUUGUUACCCUGCAUAAGAUCCCGGGUGAGUAAUAUGGUUGUCCCACCUAAGAUCUCAGUUAAGUACAUGUAGUGUGGUUAUCCCGCGUGAGAUCCUAGGUGAGUAGUUUGGUUAUCCUGCCUAAGAUCCCAGGUUAGUAGUAUGGUUAUCCUGCCUAAGAUCUCAGGUUAGUAGUAUGGUUAUCCUACAUUAGAUUCUGGUUGAAUAGCUCAGUUAUAUAUCCCACCUAAAAUUCUUUGAGAGUAGUAUAGUUAUCCUGCCUAAGAGUUUGGUGAGUAGUAUCUUUAUACCUCCCAAGAUACUGAAUUGUAUGGUUUCCUUCCUAAGAUCCCAGGUGAAGAGAGUGGUUAUUUUGCCUAAGAUCCAGGGUUAGUAAGUAGAAAGCACAAAGUGUAUUUUGUGAAUCUUAACUUGAAAUUGCAUAAAACCUGAAAUAAAUUUGCAGCUCGUUAAAAAGAAAGCAGACAGAUGAUGGAAACGCAUGUAGCAGCAGCAGUGAGGGGGAGUCAUCAUCUCACAACUGUGAUCAUGCUGAUGCUGGAAAAGUAUGUAGUAAUAAUCUUUCUGUCCUAGUACUCAACCAGAAACUAUACAAGUGCAAGUAUUCAGGAUGAUACAUUUAUAUCAUUUAUCAAGAAAAUAAAGUAGUCAGUGAAUGGGUCAGAAUACGUCUUUGUCUCACUAAGUUUAUCUUUCACCAUCCUUUUUUUAUAACCAAUUAGACGUUGCUUUGAACAUUGUUGAUCCUAGCAACUUGUAGGAUGCUCAUAUGAUUCCAGUACGCUCUAGAUGGCUUUGCUUGCCAUUUUAUUUGUCUAUUAAGCGCAGUUGAGAGAGGGUCUGACCACUAGCUUUGGAUUCUUGGAUUGGAUGCUGUCGGACUCUUCAGUUUUCUUUGCCCCAUCCCAGUGCCAUGAUACACAUUAUGUUAUACUAAGAAAGUAAUUGGAGGAGGACUCCCAAAAAGUUAUGAAGUUUGAAACUCAUAUAAAUGCUGAUACACACAUGUAUAAAGAUUUUGUGCAUUGACAGUUAAGUAUUUCAAAAUAGAAAGGAAAUGCAGGGAGGAUAAUUGCUGGACUCAAUAAAAACCAUGGUUUUUACUGUCCCUACUUUAUGCUAGGAUAGGCUUUGAAACUAUGACCUGCUUGUUCAUUGUUGUUGGUGUAUUCCUAUGUUUGGGCUGCAGCUAGUAGCUCUUAGCCAUAUUAAGUAAUAAAAGUAAGAUGUUUUUCAAUACACAGGAUGUAAAACGUCAACGACUGUUGGACAAUAAUGAUGAUGAGAAGAACACAGUGGAGGAUACAGGAAAUGAGAGGUGAAUUUCAACUUGUCACCCCCCACCUCCUGUUGUUUUUAUUUUGACAUAAAAGCCAUACCACUCAAAGCCUUUGUCAGUUCUUGGAUUAUAGUAUUUCUUUCUCACAAUGUUCCUUGUUCAAAGUUUCCUGGAUCCUGAUGUUUCUAAGAACUUUAUUCUGAUGAUUAGUUAUUGUUACAAAACAUUUUUACCUUCAGGUGGCAAUGGCUAGUUGAGGCUUCAAUAUGAAGCAUAUUCAAGCGUUAAUUUUACCUGUAAUCAACAUGCUUGUUGUUUUAUACCAAUUUACAUGGUGUACAUCUGAUAUCUUCUAUUGCUAUUUUGAAGACUUGCUUUUCAGUCAAAAGAGAGCUACUGGAUAUUCUUUUGUUGUAGGUAUAGCUUAAGAGAAUCAUCUGAGACAACAAAACCUGGGGAGAAAAAAAUACAGGUACUAAAGCAGAAAGGUAUUUCUUGCUUACCUUUAUACUUGUGCUAUUGAAAUUAUUUACUUUUUUAGCCUGAUAGACUGUAAGAACAGUUUUACCAACUGUAGCCAUGAUCUAACAAAGAUUAAUUACUAUGAGCAGUCAGGGGGAUAUAAUAAUCAUAAUUUAUUUGCUUUGAACCCAGUAUAAUUUCAGGCACUAAGGGACACUAUUUCAUGUUAAAUGAAAUUUACCUGAUAUAUUCAAGACCUGCAUCAUUGGUACAUGAAGCUGCCAGACAUAGGCCAUUGAUAAAACCUAGAUCGGGCCGGAUCAGAUCAACCCCCGUAUUUCACUAAAUGAAAAAAGGUUAGGAAUAUUGGUUUCACGGGUUAAUCCCAUCUGGUCCCAUCUAGGUUUUGUCAACGGCCUAUGUCUUGCAGCUGCAUGUAGUGGUGAUACCAGUCUUGAAUAUAACCAAUACCUUUCAUAUUACAUGGAAUUUUGUACAAUGUCACUCACUCCAUCUUUUACAGCCUCCUGCCAAGUGUAAGGAAUGUAAGCAGCUGCUAACCAGUCCUGACCUGAGGCUCUUCCCUGGUGACAGUGAUGAUGCUGUAAGUUUAAAAACAUUAUACUGGAAGUCCGCAGUAAAAAAAUAUUUAAUUAUUUACCGGUAGUUAAAAAUACUUUUACGUUUUGCUGACAAUCCCUGCAACACUUGUAUCCACGACUGAUCUUACAACUGGACACAUUAUUCCUUUUUUAGUUUGCCCUUAAAAUACAUGUACUUACAGUCCUUUUAGAGUAUUUCUUUCCUACUGAUGGUUCACCCUUUCAGAACUGCCCACAUUGGUUUCUCAGCUGUUCUUAUACUAAAAAGAGAAUGUGGCUUCUUAUCUUACACAAAAUUGUUCUGCAUCGUUCUUUUAAAAUGACGACAAAAGCUGAUGUCAUCUAGUUGGUAUUUCACUUAUACUAAGAAGAAUCCACUUUUAAAUGACUGUUUCAGACAUAUACCACUAGAUUUUGGGCACAUUGCUCAGUGUCAAGUGAAAAGAUAUCUUCCAAUGCUAUUUUACUAACUUUCAAAAGAGAAUUUAGGGCUUCCUUUUUCUUAGAGGUGCUGGGAAUUUUUCUUUUGGUUGAGAAAGAAAAAUAAAUUUAAUAGAUGAAAUUAAUGAAACUACUUAUUUCUGCCCCUGUAACAUUUACGAGGCAUUUCCAUAUGUACUGUAUUAUGGCGCUCUUAAAAUUAUAAAAAGCUUUGUCCAUUAGGUGGAGGAGUUUGUAGCCCUUACAGAUCCACGUUUGUCACUCUUCUCUGGUGAUGAGGAACAGUUUGACAGCUAUAAUGACAGACCACAACACAAAAUUACAAAUUUCAGGUAUUGUGCAUUAUUUGGAGUAAACCUAGAUUGAACUUGAUUAUGAAUCGAAUUAUAAGUUAAAGCCACAUGUUCUUUGACCUUGAUGAUCUCUGCCCUGACACAUGUCUUACGUUGUUAGUCACUAUGCCUGAUUACAUAUCAAAACACAGGUUAGCCUGCAGGUAGAGCCCCCUUUCAAGAAAAGAUGGUCAUUGAAUGCACCUACCUUGUAAGUAACAAGAUCUGGCCAGUCUCAAAUUGUGCCUUAACUAUUUUAUUUAGCAUCUAUGACAAGAACACCCACCUGUGUCCAUUUGACUCUGGUUUGAUUGAGAAGAAUAUUGAACUGUUCUUCAGUGGUUACCUUAAACCAAUCUAUGAUGAGAAUCCAAGUCCUGAAGGUAUGUCAAAUACNGACAAGAACACCCACCUGUGUCCAUUUGACUCUGGUUUGAUUGAGAAGAAUAUUGAACUGUUCUUCAGUGGUUACCUUAAACCAAUCUAUGAUGAGAAUCCAAGUCCUGAAGGUAUGUCAAAUACUUAAGUCCAAUUUGUUUAAAUCCUUAAGUGUCUGUUAGAUCUCUGUGAAACUUCACAUUUAAUACACAACUCUAUAGUGUGUGGGUGUACCUCUAACUGGUCAAGGCUGCAAUGUCCUCUUGGCUUAAUAUCAAGGCACAAAGUGUGCUUGCCUUAGAUCCAAAGUGAAAUGUUCUGUGUCUCAUAGUAAACACGUGACAAGCAAUGCAGGGGAAUUCUAUUAUAUGAUAAGGUGAAACAAAAGUUUAGCCACUGGCAAGUGGAGACUCCAUUGUCCUCAUAUGAAAGAAAAUAAAGCAAAAAUAAGUUGGAUGGUUUGACCCAGAGUGUCCCCUGAAUCCCCAGAUGGCAUCACGACCAGUUUAACUAUCUGGGCAAAACAGUUAAAGGCAGUUAAUUUUUAGUUUGAAGAGCUGCUGUUGGCAGGUUCAGGUUAGUACUGCAGAUACAAAGUAAAAAGCAUUCAUGGCUGGAAAUCAAUUUUGCCACGAUGUGGUAAUGCCAUUUGGACUGGGUAAUACACCAACAACCUUUGAACUACUCAUGAACAGUGCUUUAGGGCCUUUUUUGUAAAAUAACACCAUCACCCACCCUGAAAUGUUUGAUGCAGUGGCUGAACGUUUUAUGACAGAUGUUGUCCAUUUGUGUCAGGUGGUGUACCAACAAAGUCUAUUGGACCUAUAAAUGAAUGGUGGGUGGCAGGAUUUGAUGGUGGAGAGAAUUCUCUUAUUGGUUUUACCACAGGUAACCAAAAUGUAUCUGUAUGUUAUCUUAAGUUGUCCAAUUUUAAAAGUACAGAAGAAGCAAAAAAUGGUUCUUGUGUAGACAUGGUCUCAAAUAUGUGGGGUGAAACAUGUUGUUUCUUUAAGUAAGGUUGCUGGUCCAAUUUUAGUUUUAUGAACAUUUUAUAUUAUUGGAUCUACGAUUAUGCAUUUUAUAAACAGUAGUAGUUUUACUAGUGUUUAUAGUUUAUAGUAUGUUUUGAUAAAGGACUAGGAGAUCUAUACUGUAAGUUAUUAGACUACUUUUUUCUGUUGGAUGUAUGACCCAUUUGCUAGGUGCUGCCAGGCCUAUAGAUACAAAAACAGGGUUAGUGAGAUAUAUGUAAUAAUUAUUACAUCUGGAUGUUUGAAUCAGGUAUAAGAAGUAAGUGGGGCUUUAUUGCCUUAAAAGACCAGUCACUCUGCUCAUGCUGAUGGAAGCAUGUGCUUAAGAUAUUUAGAAGAGUUGAAUGCAAUGACAGCUAGACUUACAGGAACAUUUAGCGUUUUUGAGGCUCUCUCCAACCAUAGUGUGAUGUGGACUCCUACCCAUUAAACCAUUUCCUGUGGUCUUUUAGAAGUAUUAUCACACUGCCUACUGCCUCAACAGUGUCAUCACGGGAGCAUUUUAAUGGUGUCUUUUUUCUCUUUCGAUCACAAGGCUGGCAUUCGUUACAUGUCAGUGUUCAUCUGUUGUCAGUGGAGUUUGCAACAUACCCUACUUAUUUUCAUUUCAUGGGUGUAAUAUGACUGCCAAGUCUUCAGUAAGAACUUAAAAAUAUCUUAUUAUUUGAUGGCAGCUUUUGCGGAGUAUAUACUGAUGCAGGCAUCAGAGGAGUACAUGCCAUUUAUGAACCUCAUGAGAGAAAAAAUUGCUAUGAGUAAGGUACCAUAAAAAUAAAUAAUCUCCUCAAUUUGUUUGACAUUCUUGUAACACAUACUUGUAAGUAUAAACAAAAUAGUUUAACAGUACGGUUUCUUUUUUUGCAGAUUGUCAUUGAAUUUAUUCAGAAUAAUCCAGAGGCAAGAUAUGAGGAUUUACUGAAUAAAGUUGAGGUAAUUCACUUAAAUAAUGACGUGAAUGAAUAGAAAAAUGAAAGUCUGUACAAUACCAAUUAUGUUCAGAGGUGUUGACUAUGGAGCUCCCAAUCAGUGAACAUUUGUUGCUUUUAAAAGUCUUAAGUCACGUUGCUGUUGACUGCAAAGCACUGUUCAGGGUCAUAGAUCUCUGAUUUAUGACACUAGAAAGAAAUGGCACUUUCAUGUGUUUAAAUUUGAAACCUUUUUGGGAACACUUUUUUCUGGGUCCAUGAUUACUUUCACAUUAAUUAAUGCAUGAUAUUGUGGACUUUUAAGCUGGCUCAAGGCAUUGUCUGCACAUGGAUCCACAUUGUCUCAAGCCAGGUUUAUAAUCAGGGUUCUUACGGGUCAUGGCACUCAACUUUCGUAGCUCAACUUGUGUUAAAAUGUAGAGCCACACCUGCUGAUUUUGUGAUCAGUCUUCACUCAAAACAUGGGGAGGCUAAAAUGAAUACUCCCUCUGACUUGCUGUAUGAAAAAUAUUCAAUUAAACUUUUUGUCAUUCCUUUUUUACUAUAGACAUCAGUACCACCAGUAAAUUGUCUCACUUUCACAGAAGACACCCUGUUACGACAUGCACAGUUCCUUGUUGAACAGGUAAAGUUCUCUUUUUUCUGUUUAUUCCACCAGUCAACAACAUUCCUUUCAUUUCGUAGUUUAAUUGUAAUUAAAAUAGACUUUCAGCACAGACAAUGAAGAAUAACUAUGACUGGUGUGGGUAUUAUUAAAUUUUGACCCUGCUGGCCAUCGAGCCUCCAAUAACGCAGUGUUUAGCAUGCAAACUAGAACUCAAGGGAUUGUGAAUUUGAUUCUUGCCUGAAUCUCGGAAUUUUUUUCUGGGCUUUCUUGCGUUAUUUUCCUUCCAAAUUAUAGAAUGACAUAAUAAUGGAAGGUGAGUGGUGGUGGUGGUGUUGGUGUGUGUAUCUGUCAAACGUUUGUCUGGAAAUAAUUUCCUCAAAUCCUCGUAUCGUAGGUGGAAAGCUAUGAUCAGGCUGCUGAUGAUGAUGAGCUGCCUUUGCUGGUGUCUGCUUGUAUGAGAGAUCUCAUCAAGCUUGCUGGUGUAACACUUGGCAAAAGGUUUUGUAGCUGUCUUGUUCUUUACAAAUGCAUUGCUAACAUUUUUAUCACAAUGUACUUAAUUAAUCAGUGAUUUUGUUACAAAUGUAGUUAUGAUGAGGCCUGGGACUCAUCCUGUGAAAAAUCGUGAGUCCCAGUCCAGAACCAUUGAGACCCCGUUCAAAAAAAAAAGUCCUAAAUUGAAAAACCUCGGACCUUUAUCUAACCAGACAGGUAAUCUGCAGACAGACUUCAAAACUCUGUAUUACAGUUUACUGAAAUAAAUCAUAUAUUCCUUCUAUUGUAAACAUGUGUUGUACAACAGCCACAGGCAACAGCCACAGACAUUACAUGAACAGGAUAUUCUACAAAAACAUCUUCAGAUCGAUUAAUCAAUCUUUGUGUCCUUGGGGUUUCUUAUGCUUCGGGGAUUCAGGAUGCAGAGGUGACAAAAUCACCUAAUUAUGGGGGGACAAAUUGAAGAUGCCGUUAACUGUUAAAUUGUCUGGUCUGAUGAAAAAUGUUGAUGAAAAGUCCCUACUCUGUCUCAUCAUACAAGGUUGUAGAAAAGUAUGUGGGGGAGAGGUUUCUAAGCAUAUUAAAAGGAUUUGUUUUUAUAGGGUUAGUUGAGACCAAAAUCAAAGCCAAAAAAUGAAAGGAACUAUCCCUAUCUUACCAGGAGAGUAGAGAUUGUGAUUGAUUCGGAGAGCACUUGCCUCUCAACAUUAUCAUCCACAUGAAAAUCCCGGACUUUAUUUGAGUGUCCAGUUUGCUGGUUUAUGGAAUGCCACAAAGGCUUUUUGGUGGGUUUUUUUUUUUUUUUUUAUUUACAAACUGUUAUCCCCAAUGUUACUCAGUUUGCAUUCAUUUUAGAAUCUCGUCAUUCACAUAAUUUGGUGCUACGUACGUUCCUCAUCGCGAGUACUUCCCUGGUUAACUCUUAACAGUGUAAACACUCAACCCUGCUGAAUUGCUUAUGUUUUUUUUUUUCAGGCGUGCAGCAAGAGGUGUUAAAGUAAAGCUUGAUAAGAAAAAGACAGGCCCCUCAAAAGUAUGUUAAGUUGUGUUUUCUCCUGUAUUAACCAAAGGGCAUUUUAUGUACAAGACUAGUAUCUGGGGUGUGAAAAUCAACUGUAUCAUAUCUAUGACAUCUGCAAGUUCAAGCCUUAAAUCCCAGUGUCCUUGAAACACAGUGUGGUAAAAGGGCCAAAUUGAUCUUAAACUAAAUUAUGAGUAUGAGAAUUUGUAUGAAAUGAAAAUAGUACUGAUUUUCUUGUCUUGUUGCCUCCGACUUCACUCUAUCGUUUCUUCAAUUGAUGUACACAGCUCUAGCUUGCAGUUUGGGGAGACCUAACCUCUCAUCAGCUUCUAUAGCUUCUGUUAGGUUGUCUCGCGACUCUUUUCUACUUAUCCUAUAUUAUUGGUUAUUCAGUUUCUAUUAUUGUGUGACAAAUAAAAUAAAAUAAAAUAAAACCCUUUACUGAGUGUUGGGGUAUUUUCAUUGAUGCUAUUAAGACUCCUGUUGGUAAUUUUUUUCGUCACGCUGUUGUUGGUAUGUCAUCUGUCAGUUAAUCUAUGACUUCAUUGUUGAAACCAUAUACUAAAUUCAAAUGUAACUAACAUCUUGGUGACAUGGUAUGCACUAAAUGUUACAUCUUGGAUACAUUUGAUAACAACCUUGUUUCAUUUUAUUCAGGCCACAACUACUCCCCUAGUGCGGCACAUAUUUGACAUUUUCUUCAAGGAUCAAAUUGAUGGUAAAGAAACAAGUGCACCCCGCAGGAAACGGUGUGGAGUUUGUGAAGUGUGCCAGCAAGCAGACUGUGGUGAUUGUAAAUCUUGUAAAGACAUGGUCAAAUUUGGUGGAACUGGCAGGAAGAAACAGUGCUGUGAAAAAAGAAAGUAUGUCUUGAAAACCCACUUCUGUGUAAACACAAUGAUUAAACCAUCUCUUUUGAAUAUUCACCUCCCAUCAGUAAAUGCGACUCUCAAUUAUUGUAGUUCAAAGUUUCUUUCUGUGGGUUAAGUCUUGUAGUAUGACCAUUCAACUGAAACAUUUAGGCAGCGUAUUUAGUUACAUGCCUCUGUUGCUGUUUUUUAGUACUUUGCAAAAAAAGGCAGUUUUCUUGAAUUUUGUUUUGAGGUACCCUUGAAAGUGAGAGAGUGCAAAAACACUAGAACAGUGGUACCACUUGCUGAAAACAACAGUUUUGGCUUGAGGUACUUCAGGGGGUUAACCUUAAGCAAAAUCUCCUACCAGGAGUUGGUGAGAGAUAGUACUUUGUCUGGCAACUACAGUCAAACUCUGUUAAUACAGACACUGAGGGGGCCAUCAAAAGUGUCUAUUUAUGUGGUGUCUGUAUUAAGUGGGUUGAAUUUAAAGAAAAUGUAAGGGCUCUCUUUCUGCAGGGACAAAGAAGACAGUCUUUAAUAAUGAGGUGUCCAUAUUAAGCGGGUGUCCAUAUAGCUUCAACUGUACCUUUCCAGUAUGGGUGAUGCUUUCAUGAUAAUUGUUCCCACUGGCCAAGCUCUCCAGUUCAUACAAACACAAUAAGCCUCGCACCCUAUCAAGGUGGCAGUAAAUAAAGUACCGAUAUCAGGUAUUAGAUUAAUAUUACACACUUGCAGGCUUGAACGGACAACAUUCUGGAUGGAGGUGCACUAUUCCCAGAACUUGAUUAACACACCUUAUUAUUGAUGUCCAGUGUUGGAACAUAUUUGUAUUGAUGUAAAAACCAAAUUCCUUCGCUUUUCAGGUGUCCUUACAUGGCUGUGCAAGAAGCAGAUGAAGAUGAAGACGUUGUUGAAGAAGUUGAGAAUGUUGUAUGUACAUUGCAUGUUGUUUUACCAUUCGUGUUCCCUGAGGGUGAUUGUGUAAUACAUGUUGAUUGUAUAGUCCAUAUUUCUAGGCCACAUUGGGUCAUUAUUGUACCCCUAUUAAUUAUUUUUUUUAUAUAAUUUUACCAUAUUUUUAUUAGAGUCCCAAAAAAGAGAAAACAAAGAAGAACACGCCAACUCACAAAACAGCAAAAUCACAGAAAGGAACUAACGUGAGUUGGAAAAUAAUUAUUUUGUAUUAAAAUGCGUAAUUAUGUUGGCCCUAGUCUUCCUAUUACAUUUACAAAUCGACUAACAAUUUUCCAUGGUCUGUUUAAGAAAGAGAUUGCGUGUUGCCGUGCGUCUGUUCAGUAACAGAUCACAAAUUACGUGGGAAAAACAAACAAGGGGCACACAAGCCGCAGGGGAGUGCGUCACGGAUGAUUUUACCACAUUUUGACGUCUUCUGUAAUCUAUUACUGAACAGACGCACGGCAAUAUUGAGUCUAUUCGUUUUGUACAAUGAACAGGAAAGAGAAAACGACAAACUUGCCUUGUACCGCCUGACUGUUCGAGGAUUUGUGCCAGUUUAGACAUCUUUAAGUCGUCUCUCCUUCUUCUUUCCUCUCUGUCUUACUUGUAUACAGUUUCUACGAAACCUUUUUCAACGUUUUUCCUUACUACAGGCAGAAUAAUCGCGCAAACAUUUUCAAAACUGCGAGUUUCUCGUAGUGAUGAGACGCGAUGGCAACUGUUGUGAGGAUUUCUUCCAGUUUGUCAUUUUCAAGUUGUUAAGAACUCUUUCUGUCUCAGUCUCUCUGCUUUUCUUACUGGUAAAAACCUCCUGCUAAACUGUUUUCGUGGCCUUCACUUGGUUAACUCGGAAAAAUCUUGCAAACAUUUUCAAACCCGCGCGCCAUGUUGGACACCAAAAAAAACAAUUAAGUUUUCCGUGACGUCAUCGAUGUGUUUAUGGGCAACGACCAAUCACAGCGCGCGUAGCAUUGACCACAUUGAAUAAACUGUUAUCGACUAAUCAGCGCGCGAGAAAUCGCUCGGUUGCUAUAAAAUGACCGAUAGACAAUUACUUUUACUUAAAUUAACCUGACACAUCCAAAAAUCAGUGACUAGUGGCACAGAGAUAGAAGAAGAAAACCUCUUGAGUAUCCUUCCGUAAUAGCUGGUUAAGUUGAGGAAGAACGAGAAAGCAACACAUGUUUUUAAUUUAUUUCCCAUACUGGCCAUAGUAAAAAUUUACCAAAUAAUGUACUGAAUUUUGGGUAAAUCCUCAGAAACAAAUAGUGCUAUGCAAGAGUAGCACCUAACGUUGAACUUGGAACUCCUCCUUCUCCUUUUUCUCCUUGUCCUUUGAUGAGUGGAGUGAUAUGAAAGGUGGACCACUCCAAUAGAAAAGAAGAAAAUUAACGACGUAUAUUUGUGUUUAUUUAUAGAAAAAGGUUGAAUGGAUAGGAGAUCCGAUCAAAGUCAGUGGAAAGACAAAAUAUUAUUCUUCCGUUUUAAUCAACAAGGAAGAGGUAUGCUACCUGCAUGUCUUUUUCGUUUCUUUAUAAGUCCUUGAGAAAUCUGACGUAAAAUACGAGAGACCCAAAGCUGUAAUAAAGCAUUAGAGCAAAACAGACACCUGACCACCAUGACGUAAUAAACGCCCCGGGCGUCUACUUAAUUUUAGAGGUCCAAGCGGGGGCGUUUAAUAGAUAGGAGGAGUUUAUUUGCUCAAAACUGUAACAAGCUCAACAAAACUAGUGUGCUUUCGACGAAAACAUCAAGAGAUUUUAAAAAUAGCGAAAUAUAAGCUCCAUCAAUUGAUACGUCUACCCCGUCUAGAGAUCCAUAUCCUUCUUUUAAAUCCCAACAUCGAUGCAAGAAUCCUCGCUCAGGGUUAUUGUGUUUCCAUCGUUAGUCUAUCCUUACUCUGAACUUGACAUGGAACAAGGUGAAAUACGCAAAACCUUGUUAAUCAAGUAAGAAACAGAUUGAAUUGAAUGUUUUGCUCCUUUUUGCUAAUUCCUAGUAUUUUGGAGUAAUUGUCAUGGGGGCGUUUAUUAGACAGGGGGCGUUUAUUAGAGAGGGGCGUCUAACACAAUUUUGACAUUGUAGAGGGGAGCGUUUAUUGGAUAAGAGGCGUUUAUUUGGGAGUGGGCGUCUAUUAGGUCAUUUACAGUAUGUGAUAACAAACCAGUUUACUUUAGCGAGGUGGCAUUCUUACUAGAACACCGUUACUACUACGGUAGGGCAACCACAGGAACCCAGCAAGCAUUAAAAAGCAAUUUGCGUAUGUAGCAUUAUUCCAGUUUUGUCUUUCUUGUGUUGACCGGUGUGCAAGAAAAUGAAACAGCAGUUGUCUAUUGAAUUUUAACCUGACAUAAUUAGAAACCUUUUUCUUGUAAGGUGGAAGCAGUUGGCUAUCCACACGUUAUGCCAGAAAUUUGAAGUCAGCCUAGUUUUCAAACGGUUAUUCUAACUAGUGAUCAAAACAGGGAACCUACAGAAACUCCCUGGUGAAAUAAUUAGAAGGAAUGCCUCUUUACAAUUGUCUGCCGUUUAAGGAAUAAAUGUUUCUGCUUGAACAGGUACAUGUUGGAGACUUUGUGAAGGUGAAUCCCAAGGAAACCAAUAUACCGCUGUAUAUUGCUUGUGUAUGUUACAUGUGGGAGGCAUCCAAUGGUGACAAGAUGUUUCACUGCAGAUGGUUAUGGUAACAGCUGUUCUUUCGUUAGACUGGUUUUCUCAACACAGUCAAACCACACAGUAAUUUUCAAGCAGUUAUAAUAACUCCUCUAGUGGGGCUAAUUUAGCUCCUUACAGUGGAGUUACAUUUUGGGGAGUUAUUUUAACUCCAAAAAGGAGUUUAAAGAACUCUUUUUCAGGAGUAAAAGUGACCCGAGAUAUUAAGGAGUUAAAAUAACCCCAAAAAAGGAGUUAUCCUGUACCUAAAAUUUUUACUCCACUUUCAGAGUGGAAUUAACUCCAAAAAGAGUGAAAACAACCCACGUAUAAGGAGUAAAAGUAACCCCAUUUCGGAGUUAUUUUAACUCCAGACUGGGAGUAAAAAGAAGUCUUUUUCAGGAGUAAAAAUGACCCCAAAUUCGGAGUUAAAUUAGGAGUUAAAAUAACCCCAAAAAAGGGGUUUUCAUGUACCUAAAAUUUUUACUCCAUUUUUGGAGUUAUAAUAACUCCCUAAAAAUUACGGUGCACACUUUACGAACACCCGCUUAAUACGGACACCUCAUUAUUACGGACAGUUUGUUUUGUCCCUGGGGAAAGAAAGCCCUUACUUUUUCUCUGUAUCCGUAUUUACGGGGUUUGACUGCGCUAACAGUCUCUAUAUUCAGUGUCAUGCUUUAUGAUUGGUGUUGAAUCUCGCAUCACUUUCUUAAUUUAAAACUUCUCGAUAAUGCCUAACAUUUUUUACCCAAAAAACAAAAACAUGAAAUUCUCAAGCUUAUGCUCACUUCAAACAACUAAGGUGGAACUUGCAACAGACGUGUCGUGAUCAGUUUUCACACAAACCGAUAACCACUUUACGGCGACUGCUUACUAAUGUCAAGGACAAAGACACAGCUGAAGACAGACAGGGAGCAGUAUACAAGAUCAAGUGCUGCGACUACCAGGCUACUUACAUUGGUGAGACCGGCGGAAACCUUAGCAUGCGACUGACCGAACACAAACGAGCGACAAGAAAUGGUGAUGUCAACAAUCACAUUUCUGAACACCAUUUACAGACGAAACAUCAAAUCGACUAGGAGUCUGCGACAUGUAUUACGUAUUCUAGAGACUACUAUAAACGACUCACUUUCGAAAGCUGGUAUGACUAACUUAGAACAAACACCACUGAAUCGUAGUCAACAGUUGCCGGCACCGUGCAAAUGACUUAUUAACGGACUCAAGCAAAACUAUGUACGAGAGAAUGACUGGUCAACCGAUUAUUUGACAAAUAAUAAACGACUGUUUAACAGUGACAAUAGACGGAUCGAAACGCACCAAUGAGAUUACGAGUCUUUACAGCCAAUAACAACACGGCUUAACUGGCAGACGACCAAAAACAUCGCGACUUAAUAUACCUAUCAGGUCAAUAACCAGAGUUUAAUACCAUCAACUGACGUCAUACAACUCACUUUUUGACUCAGAAGAUGACUACCGCAGAGGUUGCCGAAACGUCAGUCACGGUCAACAACAACAGUCCUAUUCAGGACUAUGUUCACCUGGACGAUCAUGCUCAACCUUCUUGUGAAAUGACUCCUGAGUUCAAACCUAUCACAGAAUUAUCAGUAUAUCAUUUUUUUUUUUUGCCUUAGUUUCUAUUUCUACUGUAAAAAUAGAAGUCUCUUAAGUAAUCCCAAAGGUACUGCAGGAUAAACUCUUGGUAUUUUUAAGGGAAAGACCAGAUAACUGAGAAUAAUAAACGUAACUAAAAAUCAAGUCUGCCCUUCCACUUUUACACGCGACUAAUUGCCCUACGGAACAUUACAAACGUCUUCUCUAACAUACACAUGGUAUUCAACUAAGUUUUUGUUUCUGGUGGUCAUGACACCACUUUCCUCUUCUUCUUUACAGGCGUGGAUCCGAGACUCUUCUGGGUGAAACAAGUGAUGUUAGUGAAUUGUUUCUGAUUGAUGAUUGCGAAGACAAGCAUCUUUUCACCAUCGCUGAGAAAUGCACCGUAAGUUACUGCCCUUGGUGUCUCAGAACAGCGAAACGGCAGCCAUGUUGGUGUCCCAAACCAGUCCUGUGGGAGUUGAACUCUUAAGUAAAAACUUUCUAUCGUUGCAAUAAAUUUGCAUAGAUGCUGGUCAAGUGAGUGAAAAUGCUCUAUUUCCUCUCUACAAGACAUGAUCGGUUAUUGCAGUUACAGUAAAAACCCGCGAAUAAGAACGACUAUUUUUUGAAGUCUGUCAAAAUAGGUUCUUGUAUUUCGGGGUACUUAUUAGCAAUUUAGGCUAAUUAGGUUCUUAAUUUUUUAUGAAGGAGAUAGCAGACUGUUCAUUACCAGAAAAAUUAUUAAACUUGGGUUUGGUCCUUAAAAAUGCAGUUUUCUUCACAAUUUUAUUAACAUAACCCUCAGAAAACUGAUUACCGAAUUUAUAUACUGUUUGCCACAGUAUGUCUCUAAUAUACUUAAAUUUACAAUCACAGAGUUACACUCCUUGGUUAAAUUGUUUAUCAUAAUUUAACCGUAGCCCACGUAUAACCUGCUUGAUCUUGCUUGGCCAAACAGUUCUUGUAUUUUUGGGUAUUAAGGCAGCAAAUUUCUGCCAAGAGGUUCCUAAUCCACUAGAUUCUUAUAUGGGGGUGUUUACUGUAUAUAACAAAACUGGUAUAGAAGAUAUGGACAGAAUCUAGAAUUACAGUUUUUCUCUUCUGACCAUGUAUGUAACGAAUCCAACACAGGUGACCCAUAAGAAGCCAGAUCCUGAUUGGUUCAUGAAAGGAGGUCUUGAUGAUGUGGAUGCUAAUGCCAUGAUGGAAGAGGAUGAUGGCAACCAUUUUUUCUACCAGAAAUGGUUUGUAUUGAGAAAUGUGUGUGACAUUAGAGAGCUUUAGAUUCUAAGAGGAGACCUACUACGAGGACGACAUUUUCUCAGUACUAAGUAGUGCGCACACGUGAACCAAACGUCAUUUUGGCGGGAAUAGAGCGAUUUUCGUAUGACCUUGAAAUGAAAACGAGCAAACAAAACAGAAAUUACAAACAAACGGAAAGAGAGCGAUUUGAUUGGUUUAUCGAACGGAUACAAAGGCGCGUGGCUUUUGGUUGGUUAAGCGAUCGCUCAGGUGAAAAAACUUCAUGAAAAUCGCUCUACUACGAGUUUUAGCGAAAACAAGUUAUCAAGUAUUUAAUAGAAGUUUUAUCAUUUUGCGUUCGGGAGAGGGCUUAAACUCCUUCAAUAAAGAUAACAUUGCUAACGUUUUUUGGUGAAUCAAAAGAACCACGAAGCUAUACGGGGUGUAUAUUUUUUGAUAACACGCGAAAGAACUAUAAGUCAAAUCUCUUCUUCGAAUCUAAAAGUCCCUAUUAUCGCUAGAGUAAGCUUGAUUACCGGUAUUUCUCUUUUCUUCUUUCUGGACAUUCACAAGACUUCAUUUCUGUCAGAAAAGUAUUACAUUAAGGAAUGUGGAAAUUGCUUGAGCGAAGUUGGAAAAGGUGUGGAGAAAAACAUUUUCUUUCAAAUUAUUAUCUUCCCUUAUUCAGGAAGAUUUUGAAUGUUUCUUCGUCAUGCAGACGGAAAUUGUACGUUAUAGAAGACUGUAAACGUUAUAAGCCAUGACGUCACUAUUGUUUUGAGGAUCCUGAUCCCAUAUAGUUUGUCAUUUAGGGCAUGUAUAGCCCGGGGGUGGGGGGGGACUCUGCAUAUGAAAAGGGUAGGGAUGCUCGUCGGAAAUUUUCAAUUAAACCCCUAAAAGAGACCGAUCCGGGCGUAGCCCAAGCCUUUUUUGACCCCUAAAAGAGACCAUGUUAAAACACAGACAAUACACAUAUUUUUAUAUUUUUUCACGUGCAACACUAAACGAGACCUUCACGGGGAGAGGACUCCCCAUAUGAAAGGGGUGGGGAUGCUCGUCGUCUCGCUUAGGGGUGUAAAUUUCGGAUUUUGGCCUCACUUAGGGUGUUCUGGGAAAAAACGCCAUCAUAUUUAGCCGUGAAGGUCUUGUUUAGGGCUGCACGCGAAAAAAUAUAAUAUUGUCUGUGUUUUAACAUGGUCUCUUUUAGGGGUCAAAAAAAGCUUGGGCCACGCCCAGAUCGGUCUCCUUUAGGGGUGUAAUUCAAAAGUUACGACGAGCAUCCCCACCCCUUUCAUAUGCGGAAUCUCCCCCCCGGGCAUCCUAGCUAUAGUUUAAUGUAUCCUCCUGAAUAAUCACAUGUUUGUUUGCAGGGGAUGAGAAACGGAUUGUUUGUAUUUAAUUGCAGGUAUGAUCCAGAGCUAGGAAGAUUUAUAGACCCCCCUUCAGAGUACAUAACUAUGGUGGAUCGAAAAGAAGAAUUUAAAUACUGCGAGAGCUGUACAAGAAAGGCAGCACAGAACCAGGUGUUUGUAUAUAACGUGACAGAUAGCAUGCACACAUUGUUUGCCAACAAGUAAUAUUUAACCCUUAGAGUUCAAAGGUGAUGUUACACUAGACUAUUCGUAACGGAUUUUAAACGCGUUUUAUGACUUGACGUCAAGUCAUAAAAUGCGUUUAAAAAUGUUUAUAUCCACUAUCUGUGUUCUCUUUUUGAUAAAACUACGAUGGCCGAAGAAAAAAGGGUUUAUACAAUAAUGCUAAUGCUAAUAAUAAUAAUAAUAAUAAUAAUAAUAAUAAUAAUAAUAAUAGUGUUAUAACUUGUUUUCUGUCGAAUCAUUGCUAGACCUCCUUGGCAUAGUGGAGUGGGGUGCACACACACCUUUUCAAUCCCCCGGCCGGCCGGCCCCUCCCCAUGCCAGAAAAUGUACCUGACACACCCUGCCACACAGGUAGAUGUUGUGUUAAAGGAUCCUAGUCAACUACGCCCCUGUGCUUGUUUACAUACGGGAAAUUUUUAAUGAAAAUUGGCACAAAUCAAUAAAAUAGUGAAUCACAAGAAAGCAUCAAUAACUAUAAAAGUCAAUGAGGACAAUUAUAAAGUCGUGGAUAGGAUGCAUCUUCGAGGAUGCACGAAGAUUAAGAACCGAAAGCUAAAAUUUCCUAACUAGGGUUUGCAAAGAAAAUGGUGGAUUUACAGUUGCAUGCGCGCAAUGCUUUAUGGUUGAGUAGGAUCCUUGAAGCCAUUCAACCUCUUGUAAGCAGAGACCUCCUAUGAUGAGACCAAAGAGUGUCUUCUUCUAGAAUGUUUCAAUCUAACAUACAGAACAACAACUACGAAAACUAUGAUAUGACAUGAUGGCAAUUACUAACAAAACAAGAGCUUCCAUAGCUACCGCUGCUACUGCUGGUGACAUAAUAUUUUUCGGCGUACAUAUUGAAGGAGGCAUGACAGCAAUGCCAAUGUUUCUAGAGUUUCAUAAACAAAGAGACAAGACCUACAAUCGUGCUUGAAUGUCGUGUGAACCACAAUCCCAUCAACUUGGAAGCUGACCCCUUUUUUCAAGGAGAAGCCUCAUGGUGUACUGCUGCAAUCGCACGUAAUUGGAACUUACAAACCCACGUGUACAAUUAAAAAGCCACUUUGACAAUUCGGACUUGCAGCUGGAAACAAGAUACCAACCAGAAUGAAACUUCUCAAGUUCGGUUGUGUUGAUAUAGCCAGAGUCAAGCAGAUGAUGUUGAGAUCCGUUUAUGCUGUAAAAUGCAACUUUUACUAGUUUAUCUUCUCUCAGUGGACCGGCAGCGCGCACACAAUAAUUUUCAGGUAGUGUGUAUGACUUUUUGUCUUCGCCAGGAGAGCUGUCUGGUUCAAAAUUAACACGCCUCUUUGUGAUAAAGUGGUCAAAGGAAGGUAUCCAAGAGGAGAUGAUGUAGAAUUUGCUGGCAUUUCUCAUAUUUGCAUCGGACUUAUCACAUUUUCGCCACGUCGUUGUGUAGAAUACUUGAUCGUGGUCUGGAUCGCUGAGAGUGAAACACAAGUAGCGUGCAGGAUUGUCGAACGUGGAACAAGAUGGUGUCGGUCGAAAAAUAAUACGAUCUGGCGUUAUUGACAGUGUAGGCUUCAAAAAAAUUGACACCGCUGACAGAAGCACAAACACGACAACACACGACACGAACCAUCGCCAUCCUUUGGUUGCGUCCUUCUCGUAGAAAAUUGGGUAGAAAAUAAAAAGCCCGAUACAGAACGCGAAAGAACAGGCCACUGGAUACUGUAGGAAAGAAUCCACUACCAAGCCGGCCAUAUGGCCACUGAAUGGGUCCAUUUUUAAAACCUUUCCGUUCGGUGUGCAAAGGUGUAAGUCAAGAAAGCCGGAAGUGGUCCCGGAAGUUUGCAAGCGAGCGGUUUUGAGACAAAUAUGGCGACUGGAACCAAAACUGGACCCAGACUGAAGCCGGAAGUAGACCGGAACGGGGAGCUGAGAACCGGGAACCAGGCUUAAUAUAGAGCUACGGGUAAUGAUUAAUAGAAAUAUCAAUGGAAAACUCUAAAGAAAACUUGCAAUUCUUGAUUGUGUUUCACUCUUUAAAUUGGUCAUGGAUAGGAAUGUUGCAAAUUAAGCUUACAGGUUACACGCACCUCAAUGAAGAUCCGACCCCCCACUGAAGCUAGUACUCUUGUUAUUCACUGUUUUUUCAUUUCUUCAUUUUGUAGCUAGAAGAACCUUGUGUUGGUGAACCAUUAGAAACGGAAACCAAAUCUUCGUCCAAGACAUAUUACAAGUAUGUGAACCGUUUCUUUUCCACGAUUCUAAAUACAUGCAGCCGGUCAAAGGAACCAAUCAAACUUUGGAGCAAAUGUAUCGGAUGCCAGAGCGGGAAAACGCUCGUAAUCACGCCUGUGAUUGGUCGAGAAAUCGGCGCAACAUUUUUACACAAUGGCAUUACACCUAGUGGUGAAAUACUCAAAACAAUAUUGAAAGAAAUUUGACACUGAGCAUUUCAAACUGCUUCAAUGAUUCCAGCCGGUCACAAUUGACACAGGCAGUUUAGUGAAACACUCGUAAGCAAAACGUGUUGGUUUCUGGCUUUAAGUCUCCAUUUUUUACAAAGUGGUGAAAUAAAUAAACCCACCACAACUGAAUCGUUGUAAUGAAAACCAAAGCAACCGUUUCUUAACUAAACGUUGGUGCUCCAUGUCUUUUUAAUCAAUUUGCGUUCAUCCAACAGGUCUUGUACAAAAAAUGGAGUUCAGUAUAAGCUGGGAGACUGUGUUUUUCUCAAACCAGACGCAUUUUCUUUCAAGUAAGUAACUCUCCUUUCCUUUGCCAUUAUGAAUGUGUUCAUUGCUAUAUACACAGUGGUGCUUAAGUUUAACUAUCUUUUUUUCUUUUUGUUUGAUUGUUUCUUUGUUUGUUUGUUUUUUCCAGUAUUAAACCGAAAGGGACAAAGAAAGGCUUCAAGAAAGAUGAAACGGUUAAGAUUUUCGAUUGUUGUUUCGUUUUUUUUUUUUUCAUCUCCUAACUUAACCCAGUCAAAGCAUGGCCCUAUGAACGAAACUCCAAGUUAUCACUUAAUUUUGUAUCCGCGUUGGCUUGCGAAUUGUUCAGUGAUUCACUUACAUUUCACAGUUGAACAUGAAAUUGUUUUAGUUAAUCGUUUCGCUGGGUGGUCAGCGCCAACAUAAAAUGACUCCUAUUGCAACCCGCAAGCCUUAUAUCUUUCUGCCUGUACUUUUCUUUCUCUCCAUUAUUAAAUUUCAGCUGUGGCCAUUACGUACCACCGUUAUUCGUUCUGACUUUUAUCAGAUAAGCAAUUCUGAAAUCAAACCACAAGCAAAUUAAUGGAUCACAACUCGGGCCAUGUACAUGUAGCGGGCGCCGAGUGCGGAAAAAAUCAUUUCACGGUCGGUUAAUAUGUUUACUUGAUUGACGGGGCGCGAAACUUUUCAGCCAAUCAUAUCUUCAACCGAUGCCACGGGAAUGGUACAUAACAGUCACAUAGCAUGUAUUUUGGAAAAAGUUCCGUAAAGUUUUUAAGAUUGGGUGGGAAAGUCAGGGAUUUGUUUUUCUUUUUGAUCACAUGUAAAUCUGUGGCAUAUUUUGACAAACGACUGAAACGCUUUUCAACUCAACUAAGACGAAUGUUUCCUUUCUCUGCCAAAGACAUUUUGAAUAUUCGUACUCUACGAGUUAAUUGGCUGAGUUGACACAUUUCUAAUGGAUCAUAACUUUCACCACCGCAGGUGAACGAAGAAAAAUACCCAGAAUAUUAUAGAAAGCCAGUGGAAUAUGUCAAGGGCAGUAACUAUGAUGUUCCUGAACCAUUCAAGAUAGGUAACUUGUCACUGAACACUCUUACUGUGAAACUAACAAAACGGUGAACACCAGAAGUAUUUAUGGAAUGUUAUUGUGUUGCGAGAAAUCAGCCAAUAACGCGUGAGAUAACUAAACCGCUGACAGCAAAGAAAAUUAGUUUGUGGUUUUGAGUUUUGCUUGCGUAUCCUGAACUUUAUUGUGAUUGGCCAGUGAAAUUAUUUAGGUGUUCACGGUUUUCUUUAACGGUAAGGAAAAAAGAAAUUAAAUUAAAGAUGGCGAGAUUUGCUUUGAGUAUCCUACGAACUGGGGACGAGCCCCCUCGUUACUUAGAGUUUUUAGUCCUAAUAGGGACUUUGAGAUCCAAUGACGCGACAGCAGCGAGAAAGUCGCCGGCUUAAAAAGUGAAUUGGCAUUCUUUCAGCCUCUAUCGCAAUUAUUCCUACCCACUUAGUUGUCAAAUGUAGCCGAACCUUCCUGGAGGAAAAUUCCAAGAGACCAUAUCCAAGUUCAGAGAGAGAAAUAAAAUUUCGUUGUUGCUUUUUAACGUUCUCAAUAAAACGCGAAAUUAUGCAUUUUCACGUCGCAGUCGUGCAACGACGGCAAAGAAAUGUACAAAAAAUCGUGAUGCACUUGCAAACUUGUUGUCUUGCUUAUUAACCUGUUGUUUUUUUAGACGUUUUUGUUUGCCGUCGCGUCGUUGGAUCUUUAAGGGCCUGUUAACAUGAAGGUGGGGGACCCCAGGUAGGUGAGGUAACCCGCCUGUCCAUACAAUCUCUCAUGUUAAUUUGAUCGCGUUUACAUGGAAGGUGGGGUGACCAUAUGAGACAUUGUAUGGACAGACGGGUUAUCCUACCUACCAGGGGUCCCCCACCUCCAUGUAAAUAGGCCCUAAGUCUCUAUCAUCACCUAGAAGACUGUGACCAGAGGAAACCAAGAUGGUACCACAGCAUUAGCGAGAGGAAUGAGAUGUUAAUACUUUCUAUAGAGAUAUAUUAGCCCUAAACAAUCAUGUCUAAUAUAACAUGCAUGAUCGUUAUUUAUAUAGAAUUUAUGUACGUUUUAUAUUUGCGACCAGUAUGAAUUUAUUUUUGUAUAAUCAAGUGCUCUUUAUGAUCCAGAUAAUAACGACCUCACAUUUAUAUCAUAAUCUUGGACGUACCAUAAUUACUUGAACAUAACACUGGACAACAGGAAAGAUUCGACUGUGCUGGUAACUGUACGACAUCACGUCCAUAAAUGUCUUUUGCUGUUUUCUUUUUAUCUGUAGGUCGAAUUCUUAACAUUUUUACGAAGGCAAACUCUGGAAAAUUAGCAGAGGAUGUCGAUAUCAAGAUGACUGUCAGCAAAUUUUACAGGUAAACAAGUACCACACAAAAGAUCAAAAGUUCAGGAUCCUGCGGGAACUUACACGCACUCGUGUCGGUUCCCUUCAGAAUGUCGUUAUUAGGUAGCUUUAGCAAAGAUGUUUUUGAGCGACUCAAGUCAACCGGCAGUGACUCUUUUCCCUUUUAAUAAAGUCCUUGACGCUACCAAUUUGUAUCGCGAACUGUCUUUCCUCUUAUAGAGACGACUUGCCUGAAGAUUUUGGCCCAACAAUUCAAAAAGUCCGCUUCUGUUUGACGUGCGUUGCUCAUGUCAAUCGGCAACUUUCAAGUUCCCCCAAACGCACGUAUGAGUCAUAUGAAAUUGUCGUAAACUACAGUCGCCCGUCAACUCUCCCACUGUUUAUCGCCACAGUGUACCCUGGGUGCCAGAGACUUUUUAUGCGCGGUUUCCGGUUUCGGACAAGUCGCCGCUCGUGUCUUCGGCCGAAGGUUGAAGACGUGUCGGCCUCCGGCCGACGAAGCUCCUUGUCACACGCGAGAAAAAAUCUCUGGUACCCAGGGUAGCCACAGUGCCGUUAACUCGUUACGUUGACUUGUGGCAAGCCUAAGCAGCCUCAGAAUAUAUUUGCCAGCGCCGUGUUUCUCAUCAGUAGACAUUGACUCACAGCGAACUUAUUCUCCUUAGACCAGAGAACACGCACCGGGGUUGUACGUUUGCUUACCAGGCAGAUCUGAAUUUGUUGUAUUGGAGCAAAGAGGGUAAGUUUAAAUAGAAGAUUUCUUUGUAAACCAAAGUGAAAUAUUGCUAGCCUUCGAGCAAGCUCUCCAUUUGGGAGAGUCUCGAGAAGUCAAACGGGAGCCGUAUGCGAAAGGAGACACAGAGCUUACUUGCAGGCUAAUACUAUUGCAUGAAGCUGCUCUUGUAUUUCCCCGAAACGUACAUGUUUAAUAACUCCCUACCUACCCCUCCCCUAAUACAAAGUUAACACUAACUUCUGACUGAGGGCAAAAUUGUGGGUUAUGGGAGGGGUAAGUGGGUAGCUUUCCCAACUCUUUUAUUGAUCCUUUCAAAAUCCAAACAAUGCAAGUAAGUGGUUGUGUUUUUCUUAUGCAGUUUCACCUGAACUCCUGUGGAAGCUUUUUCAUGCUUAUUUUCUAAUGCUUUUUUCUCCCCCAAUACAGAGGCAAUGACUUGCAUUGUAAACUUCAUUAUUCGUUAAGCGAGUUUGGGGAAGCAUUCUUUGCUCUCAAACUAUUUUUAUAAUAAAUUUAUCUGACUUACGCUCCAACUCUUCAGAGGUACUAGAUUGGAGGGUUGAACCGGAAUCGGAAACUGCGUAAGAAAAACUCUUGGCACCCAGGGUACUUCGGAGACUUCAGUGAUAAAAACGGUCACCUCUACCCCCCUGGCAGUAAGGGCUAGCUAAUCAGAAUAAAAGGCCGGACAAAGUUUGAUUCUAUUAGUGGUGAUUCAUUUUUCUCAGAGGCCACGGUUUCCUUUGACUCAGUCGUGGGCGCCUGCCUGGUUACCUGCGGAGAAGAUCUCAACUGUUCCGUCGAAGAAUACACCGCCAGAGGGGUCAACAACUUUUACUUCUUAGAGGUGAUUAAAUUCCUUUGGCGUAUAUCUUCUUCAAAAUCUGCUUGUCUUGGAUUCCAGCUCUGAACACUUGUGUUUCUCCGCCACGAAAAGCAGGGCUCACAAAAUGACAAGAAGCCAAUUACCAAGAAAUCUUUGAUUCAAAGAGAUAACCUCUUGAAGAGUUUGUUAUAUCAAUUUUUAAGUGUAAGCUAAAAAGCAGUGCUUGGUGGCUGGAAUCAAGUCUUAAGAAGCGCCAAAAAAAAACAAUAUAUGAUUAGAAUAACAUUUCUUUUUGUAAGGCUGUAGUAAAACAGGCAACAAAAAAAACCUGCCACUCGGUUUGCAGCAAUCAACAUUGCUGCAAACGAGUGGCGCGUUUUACCACCCACUUUCGAACCUGUCUUACAACAAAUGAGUUUGGAAGGUGUUUUUUUUUUUCGUGGGUGGUAAAACGCGUAACAUCGCCAUUCAACUCGUUUAGCAAUGUCGCAAAACAAGUUGCACGUUUUGUGUUGACCGUUUUAUCUUAUCUAAGAAGCUGUUACUGUACUCAUGUUUAAUUAUGCCUAAAUUUUCAUGUAAAAUCGAGAAUGGCGACAGAAGAGGAGUAAAGGCGAUCUGACCCAACAAACCUCAUUACCAGGGUUCUCUCCUACCCUUCCCUACGGAGCGAGUAAGAGAGAACCCUGGUAACGAGGUUGGAUCUGACGGACCAAAAUGGUAUUGUUGUGUUUUUGUUCAGGCGUAUAACAGUGAAACAAAGGAGUUCGAGGAGGCUCCAGUGGAAGCACGUAAUGCUGCCAUGAAAGGAAAGGUUGGAAAGUUAAUCAUUGCGCGAAAGUGACACUUAGUAUAAUUAUUAGGAUAGAAAUCUUGCAUUCAAGUAGUAAAAGCAGCACAACAAGUGUAAUAGAAUUAAGUCCGAGACUUUAGUUCUGGCCUAAGAAGUUCCUAAUAUUAACUGAGUACACCCUAAAAUGUUCACUGAAUGACAGAACGAAACGAGUAAAAGAUCGAAAAACGUGUUCAGUUCAAGUCAUGUGAUCCUAAUCUUACGUGACCCGUUUUAGUUCAUGUGGGGGAUUCCGCACAACAAGAAUGAAUUGCGCAAUAAGGAGUUAAAAAAGAUGUACAUGCCCCAGUUGUUCAAACGUUGGAUAGCGCUAUCCAUCGGAUAAAUCACUAUCCAACGGAUUAGUAUUAGGAAAACAGAUUGCACUAUCCACCCGUAGAGAUUUAUCCACCUUUUGAACAACUGGGGCCUACAAUUCUAUUAACCACUUUCAGUCGAAUGGUUACACUGAAGGAAUCUUCUUCACCGGCUCUAAGAAAAGAACAACUGUCGGCAACUUCACAAAAAUUCAAAGUUCCAGGAAAAAAUUACUCUCCAGUACUUUUAUUUUUAUUGUUUGUGACAUUCAAGAAAUUUUGAAUUUUCUUUUGUAUGAAUCAAUUUGAUGGUUUCCACCGCAAAAUUUCAAUCAGUCAAUCACGAGAAAGAGUGUUCUAUCUGAUCUCCAAACACUGAGUUUUCUCAGGCGACUUAUUUUUCUUAUGUAGGGUAAAGGAAAAGGAAAGGGUAAAGGAAAAGGCAAAGCAUCUUGUGAAACUGAAGAUCACAGUUCCAAAGAAGACGACAGCCGUAAAGCUAGUGAAACAGUCACUAAGCUUCGAUGUCUGGAUGUUUUUGCAGGAUGUGGUGGUAUGUUUUGUCGUUGCUGUUGUAUUUUAAUUAGACACUUAAUGUUACUUGAAUCAAAAAGGAUAUAGAAAGCUACCUUGCCCCUUUAAACUCGAGGGUGUAUAAUUUUUCGUGACAAAAACCUUGCCGUAAGUCACUUACCACUUGAAUCCCUUCAAGCCUUUCAAAAGUGAACCGCAAACGCGACCACAAGACCAUGGUCACGUGUUUAAGGUCUCCCAAAACAUUUCCAUGGUGCACUGCGGGACAAUACCGACCCAGUCUCUGCCUCGGUCGCUACCUCACAACCUUAAAAUGGUCAAUGCAAGUAUAAUGGACGGUCCUAGAGGUAUACAAUUAACCCCUUAAACCCUAAGAUCAAAACUUGAAUUCUCAUUUGUUGCUCCUAUUUAUUUCCAACAGAAGUAGUGGGGAGAAGUUGAUAAAACAUCAAGCAAAUUCAUCUUGUGUGAUCAUGUCCGUAAUUCUCAAGACCACUCCGUUUUACAAAGCAUUGGUAUUGCAAGGAGAAAUUAGGUGCUGAUCACUCUUAGGGCUUAAAGGGUUAAGAGCUAAGUCACUGUAAUAUUGAAUCAUUGAAGGAAGUAACUAAGAAUUGUAUUCUUUCAAAGGUCUUUCGGAGGGUCUUCAUCAGGCUGGUAUAGCUGAGUCUCUUUGGGCUAUCGAGAAGGAGGAGCCUGCUGCGCAUGCCUUUAGUCUUAACAAUCCCGGAUGUACGGUGUUUACGGAUGACUGUAACUUGUUGCUAAAGCUCGCCAUGGAUGUAAGCUUCACUAUGUGAUAAUCUUUCUCAUGUGGUUAACUUUCUUACAAGCUAGUUGGUCUAAUACUUCUGUGCUAAGUAAAGUUUCUUUAGGUGUUUUAAAUGUUUUGUUCAGAAUAGUCCGAAGUUAUGUGCGAAUCCAAAUCGGUCGGAAAAAUAGCGAAAGACGAAGUUUCCAAAAAUUGAAGAGUUUCCCAUCAAUGACAGGAGUGCGACUAGGAAGGACUAGCGAAUUAUUUCUUGCGGAAAGUGUGAGGCUCCCACUUUUCGACGACCAACGGCAUGACGACAUGGAGAAAAAAAAUAACUACUUUAGCGUCUGUUACUCAUUAGAUUACCUUUGUACAGUUAUGUUUGGGUCGAGAAAAGACGUUCAUACAAUCAUAAUCAUCUCUCGGGCAACCUUAAGGUUGCUCUUCAGCUCAUCGCUUGUUUAAACAGUGGACUGAAAAAAAGCUAGUAUUGGUUAAGGGAUGCGGUAAGUGUUUCUAUAAAGAAGCAGAAUUUUUUUUUUUUCCUAUCCUCAGGGAGAAAAGAAGAACUCCAGAGGUCAAACAUUGCCGCAAAAGGGAGAUGUGCAACUCUUAUGCGGUGGCCCUCCUUGUCAAGGUUUCAGUGGAAUGAAUCGCUUCAGUUCAAGAGAUUACUCACAAUUCAAGGUACAGUGUUGGUAUAAUGCGUGUUAUCAUGGUUUGGCGGGAAAACCGCCGCGUCCGCCGCCUUUGGCGCUUUGUUUUCCAAUUUGGUCGCGAAAAAGGCGAGCACGAAAACACAAGAGACUGGUUACGAAGUGCAAGGGACCACAUAAAGGAGAAAGAAGGGAGCUGAGAUGCCCGCCUCCCUUUGGACAACCGCUUUCCUUUUUCUUUUGUCCUCCAGGUUUCAGAGCGAUGUAACCACUGAGCCGCCCAAAACUGCAAAUAGAGCGUGAAUGACAACCCCUUUACGUUUAACCAGUUUUACACCAUCACAACAAUUGCAUUUAACAUUUACAUUAAACUCCUCGCAAACAAGGACACGCAUUUUCUUCCUGCACAACAUCGCUCUAUUCCUUCGGUGCUGUUGUUUCCACGCAGUGUAGGUUACUUGGGGUCCUUUCAUUCAUUUGUUGAAGGUCAUUUAGUCUAAGGCGAUUUCUGUAGGUUUAAAGGGAAAAAAAAGUACGCAAGCAUCUUGGCAAAAUCACGGGUGGUGCCGUUUUGCUUUAAACUGUGAUUAUAUUGUUUUCUUUUUCAGAAUUCCCUGGUUGCAUCAUACCUUAGUUACUGCGAUUUUUAUAGACCAAGAUUUUUCAUCCUCGAGAAUGUUCGUAACUUUGUAUCUUUUAAGCGGAACAUGGUUCUGAAGUUAACGUUACGCUGCCUUAUCAAGAUGGGUUACCAGGUGAGUCGGUUUGCUGCGAAGGUCGCUCAAGCGCGACACGCAAUAGGGUCUCGUGUGCGAGCAACGAGCUAACCGAGGCGCCAGAGAAUUAUCUCCCGCAUCAGACCCCUCGUUGGUUGUGCUUCAGAGAGAGCCUAUUUAGAGCUAUCUUCUCGUCCUCGUGAAAGCUUUUUUUAUUUACUUGCGUCAAUGAUCUUUCACUUUGCUUAAUUUGUAUGUUCACUGCCUAUAUUACAGUGUACGUUUGGAGUACUUCAGGCUGGUUGCUAUGGUGUUCCUCAGACCAGGCGAAGGUAUUAAGACAACCACAGUUGUUAAUGUUUUUGAUAUUAUGCACAGUGUUCUCAAGGCCCUGUACAGACCUGUACAGGGUAGAUGCUCGCCCUUUCAACAUUUUAACAUAUCUUCAUAUACCCAAAUUUUUUCACGACAAUAUACAUGUAAUAUGCAAGACACCAUUUUUUUGUUCUAAAAACGUAAGUGAUUAAAAGCAUCAUCAGCAUUUUUGAGUAAUCAGUUUUCAGUAUAUACUUCUGAGCCUGUUUAUGGUUAGUUCACAGCUCCUCAUGGCGGUCGUCAUCAAAAUUUCUAAUCUGAGCUUUGUUUGAUUUUCAGAGCCAUAAUAAUGGCGGCUGCGCCUGGUGAGGUAUUACCGCUGUACCCUGAGCCUACCCACUGUUUCUCUCCUCGGGCAAUUCAGCUUACUGUUAUGGUGGACGACAGGAAGGUAUAAAUUUACAGCUUAAUCAUAAAUACAGCUUACCUCACUAUUCGUUACUUAAACCACACACAAGCGACUGCUCCGUGAUCGUUAAGCUGAGUAAAAUGGCGUUAAAUUUGUUUGUUUUUUUUUCAGUUCGAAUCGAACAUCACUCGGCUAUCUUCGGCUCCUUACCGAACCAUCACCGUGCGCGACUCCAUGUCGGACCUGCCGGAGAUCAGGAAUGGUGCUUCAAACGGCGAAAUAUCGUACAGCGGUGACGCCAUCUCGCAUUUCCAGAGGCAGGUUAGUGUUUUCGGUUCUCCACAACAUUUUAGAUUCGUCAUUUUUGUCAUUAUAGGGAUUUUUAGCAACGACGUCGAUGACGGCAAGGAGAAUGACAUAAAAGCAAUAUUUAGUUAAGCAAAACAACAACUUUGCACGUGCAGCACGCUUUUUUGUACAUUUCUUUGCCGUCCUUGCGCGGCUACGAAGUGAAACUGCGAAUUUUUCUUCUUUAGAGGACCUGAACACAAGUCAACGGCUUUUCUAAUUCUUUUUUCAACUUACAUACAGCCCUUUAGAAUUCAAAUUCAGAAAAAUUUACCAACAUUUGACAAAUUGAACGACGGAUUUGAAGUUUGUGCAGGCAACUUCGAGAUCUUCGCCCGAAAUUUUUUAAUGCCCAUCCCUUGCUGGACUGCGAAAAGAAUUUAUUCCACAACACCCUCACUUGUAUUAUUUGGAGGUUGGAGUGGUAAAGCGCUCGUUGUGAAGGUGAAAACCUUCUCUAUCCUUUUUUAAAAUGCACCACAAAAUUUCAUGGCGAGGGUAUGGCGCGUAUAAUAGAGUGCAGUGUGAGUUCGAUUGCAGCGUCUCUCACGUCCCCAUGCCUGAGGUGACUGCCGGUGAGCUUGUGUGUUUGGCUCACUCAGAAAAGUAAGGAAACAAAAGUAAAAGAGGACGAGUAAGGAAAGUCGACGUCCUUUCUUCUAAGAUUGGAGAACUUAAGCAAAGGUGUUUUUCGGUGACGCAUGUCAACCGGAAGUAAGGCCUUUUGCCUUUUUCUAUGCCUCGGCGCUACCGAAUUUUUAUUGCUAAGUAUCUUUACUCUUAUAGAGAGGAUUUGCCCGAUAAUUUGAGCAAAACCACUGCCUUAACAGACAGUGAGAUAAAACUAACACGCAGUGCUAAGACUUUGACCUAGAAUUUGGUGAAUACUAGGCCACUAUAAGUUUUUUUGUUGUUGUUCACUAGAUCCGCGGUCACCAGUACCAACCAGUCCUUAAAGAUCACAUCUGCAAGGAAAUGAAUACCCUUGUUGCAGUACGCAUGCGUUAUAUUCCGUUGACGCCCGGCUCAGACUGGAGAGACUUGCCAAAUAUUGAAGUUCGUCUUGCUGACGGUACUUACACCAAGAAACUGUAAGUUCGCUUUAUUUUUACCUACUUGUAUGUUGUCCUUGUUCUCCUGUGAUUUUCUGCUUGACACUGGGAUCAGUUCUGUUGAGAAAUAAGGCAAUUUGAUGUAGAUUGCCUCCCACAGAGUUCAUACAAAGUCUUGAAUUCUUGAAAAAAGUCUUGAAAUUUGCAUAGCAAUUUUCCAUACCUGGAAAAGUCUGGAAAAUAGAGAGAAAGUCUGAAGCAAAAGCUGCAGGAAGUGCUUAGUAAGUGAAGCUUUUUUUCCCGUUUAAUCACACAAUGAGAAUCUCCAGAACUCUCGUAUGACCGCAUUGCCCCGUGGUUACUGUACCUUUGUAGUAAAUCAUGAGAAAAGACUGGUUCCUUCGUUUUUCAAGGUCUCUGUUGAUCACCCAUUUGAUAACCUUGCGUCUGUAAAAAGAAUUUUUUGUUUUGAAAAAAAGUCUGGAAAAAGUCUUGAAAUUUGGCUCCAAAAAUUUGUAUGAACCCUGCAGUCCCACAUUACCUUGUCGUCAGCAGUUUUCACUUGUGACUUUUGUUCAGUCCUGUAGGUGAGUUUUAAUUUUAGGUUUCCUAACUUCAAAGGAAUACUUCGUGUUUUCUUGCAGAGCGUACACGCACCACGACAAGAAAAAUGGCCGCUCACCUAACGGUGUCUUACGCGGUGUAUGCUCAUGCGCCGAAGGCAGGGCCUGUGACCCCGCUGACCGGCAGUUUAACACCCUCGUUCCAUGGUGUCUUCCUCAUACGGGAAACCGACAUAAUAACUGGGCAGGACUGUAUGGACGACUGGAAUGGGACGGUUACUUUAGCACUACUAUCACAAAUCCUGAGCCCAUGGGUAAACAGGUCAGCGACCUUUCAUCAUUUUGA